AUGAAUACUUAUGGUGCUGGCGCAGGUGGUACUCGUAAUAUUGCUGGUAAUUGUAAUUCCCAUUUACAAUUAGAAGCUGAAUUAGCCGAUCUUCAUCACAAACCUGCUGCUUUAGUUUUCACUUCUUGUUAUGUGGCAAAUGAUAACACACUGAGCACUUUGGCUUCAAAACUUCCUGGCUGUGUAAUCUUUUCUGAUUCUUCAAAUCAUGCAUCAAUGAUCCAAGGUAUUAAACAUUCUGGUGCAAAAAAAUAUAUUUUCAAACAUAAUGACCUAAAAGAUCUUGAGGAAAAACUUCAAUUGGUUGAUAUCGAUACACCAAAAAUAAUUGCUUUUGAAAGUGUUUAUUCCAUGUCUGGCUCUGUUGGUCAUAUUGAACAAAUUUGUGAUUUGGCCAAGAAGUAUGGCGCAAUUACCUUUUUGGAUGAAGUUCAUGCUGUUGGAAUGUAUGGUCCUCGUGGUGCCGGUGUUGCCGAACAUUUAGAUUUCGACUUGAAUGCUCAUCGUCCUUAUGCUGGUAAUGGAAGUGUUCUAGACAAAGUCGACAUCAUCUCUGGUACACUUGGUAAAGCAUUUGGUGUUGUUGGUGGAUAUAUUGCAGCUUCAGCAAAUCUCGUGGAUAUGAUUAGAUCAUAUGCCCCUGGAUUUAUUUUUACCACUUCAUUACCACCCUUCAUUGCUGCUGGUGCUAAAGCAUCUAUUCAAUAUUUGAAAAAAUCGAACAAUGAACGUGCAAUGCAACAACUUAAUACCCGUUUGUUGAAAGAACGUCUUGCUCAAUUGGGUAUUCCUGUUGUGCCAAACCCUUCUCACAUUGUACCUGUAUUAGUUGGUGAGGCUGAAACUUGCAAAAUUGCAUCUGACCAAUUGUUGAGUAAUCAUGGCAUCUAUGUUCAAUCAAUCAAUUACCCAACUGUUUCCAAGGGUGAAGAACGUCUCAGAAUUACACCCACACCUGGUCAUAAUCAACAAAUGACUGAUUAUCUUGUUAAUGCAUUAGAAAUUAUCUGGCAAAAGAAUGGAUUGAAACGUGUUAAUGAUUGGAGACGUGAGGGUGGCAAAGCUGGUGUUGGCACCGAUGAUCCAACUCCUAAACCAGUUUGGACUGAUUAUCAAUUGAAUAAUAUUAAUGGCAAGAAUAAUGUUGAAGAAAUUAGUGCCAAUAAUAAUGAAUUUAAUACUAGAAAUCUAAAUGUUAUGGUUUAUUAA